AUGAUGACUAUCAUCGAGCGUCAUGUCCACACUGUUGUCCUAGACGAGCCACGCAUGGCAGCCUCGCUUCUCAACCUCUUCUUUCACGACUGUUUUGUGAACGGUUGCGAUGCCUCCAUUCUUCUGGACGAUACGGUAGAAGUGAUAGGAGAGAAGUCCGCUCCGCUAAACUUGAGAUCCCUUCGUGGGUUCGAGGUGGUGGACGACAUAAAGGCAGCAUUGGAGGUGGCGUGUCCUGCAACCGUGUCUUGUGCAGACAUCCUAGCGGUGGCCGCCAGAGAUUCUGUAGUUGCGUGGAAUGGCCCUACAUGGGACGUCCAAUUGGGCCGGAGGGACUCCACCAAGGCCAAUUUCUCAGAUGUUGGCGUUAAUAUCCCGUCCCCCAACUUCAAUCUUUCUGAAUUGAUCUCUGCAUUUGAGCUAAAAGGGUUCAAUUCCAGAGAGAUGGUGGCCUUAUCAGGGGCACACACCAUUGGAGCAGCACACUGCGCCUCCUUUUACCACCGCAUCUACAAUGACAAGGAUUUAAAUGUGUCCCUUGGUGAGAAGCUAAAGGUGGUCUGUCCAAAGGAGGAAUGGCUCAGCAAUGUCACCAGUGUGACCCAGCCACUCGACAUCACAACUGAUACCCGAUUUGACUUCGCCUACUUCAAAAAUUUGGAGAUGGAAAUGGGCCUUCUCCAUUCUGAUCAGCAACUAAUGAACGGUAGCCUGACUUCAUCUUAUGUCAGAGCGUACAUAGCAUAUCCCGAUACAUUCCAUUCGGACUUUGCCCAAGCAAUGCAAAAACUGGGAAGUCUGGGCAUACUCACAGGCCAAGACGGAGAGAUAAGAUCAGUGUGCAGGAAAGUCAAUAUUCGAUGUCGGGCCGCUAGUGGUGCGAUCCACAAUAUUUUUACUAGUAUGGUGUGUCUCCUAGUGCUAGCUAUAUUUUUGUUUUAGUUAG